CUUACAUUCUUCUUUGAAGUGGUUAUGGGCCCUUCUCAUUCCUGCCCCAAGCUGAUUGGCUUCAUCAUAUGUAUCCGGAGGCAAUGCAUGAGCUGUGCGUACACGGUUGUAUUUCUCUUCUUCCUCCGGAGUGAGGUUCAUCUUACUGCUCGACAUGGCUCCGCUUGGCUGGGCCGUCUUGAAUUGGCCCUUUCACAGCGAAAACGAGACUUCCCCUUGAGCAGCCAAGAAGGAUCACCAGCAGAGACGUGUUAUGUGUAGUGCAAAGAUUCCAUUUUAUAGUAGUCGUGGUACGUGCACUAUGCAGGUCUCGGUGCUUACUUAGGCGCAUCAGGAUGCUUAGGGUCCGAUCAUAACCUGACCAACUCCGAGCAGAGCUCUGUCUCGUCAAAGCCGGACAUAAGCACUGCAGUAUAAAUGAUUUCAAACUGUGAGCCAAAUUAGAGAUGCUGUGCUGGGAAUGGCGGUAAUGGCAUUCAAACAUUCACGACGGACCCGAUGUAUCUUGAGGUUGUGUUGGACAUUGCAGACUGUUGAUUGCGUUGUGGGUAUGUAUUGCGAGAACAGAUGUGCCGGAGAAGUUGUCAGAGAAAGGACAUCAGAGAUGGAAGGAUCAGAGCGCGAGUAAUGACACUCGAAUUGGCAGGCCAUUUCGACAGCUGCCAGGCGCUGGGCUUGUCUCCUCCUCCAUGUUUAAAACUCUCCCCUCCACUCGUCCUUAGCACAUUCUUCCCGCAGUUCCAGACAUGGCCGCUGCUGCUAAACCAAAGCCGGUUUCGCGUCGUCGGCCGCCUUCAGGACUGCCUCUGAGCCAUUUUAUUCGCUCGACACCUCCGUCGAUGGAAGCGGCUCAAAGAAACGUAAAGUUGAGCGCGCAUGUGAUUUCUGCCGUCGUAGAAAGACAAAAUGUGAUGGGCCGAAGAUGGAGGGCUACAAAUGCACCAACUGCAUACAGAAUGGCAGGGAAUGCACUUAUGUCGAGGUCUCGAAGCCUCGUGGCCCACCAAAAGCGUUCGUGCUAUAUUCAAAGUCUUGAAGACCGCAUUGAGAAGAUGGAGGCCGUAUUGAGAAGGCUACGUCCGGAGGCUGAUUUCACUCCUGAAAUCGGUCCUCCCAUUCCACGAGACUCGUGGAAGAGCGAGUCGCCUGCGAUGCAAUCCUCUUUGUCUCGUCAGACAACUUCCUCCUCGCAGUCACAGGGUAGUUCGUUAGUCCCGCCUCAACCUUCUCUUGCUGUCUCCGGCGGGUCGGGAGUCAGUCAUGCUGCCCCCUACCCCGGUUCGGGGCCCAUCAUGAUUGCCUUAACGCACGCAACUAGCAGAGACAAUGUCCGUGGCUCGGGUGCUUCUUCGGAGGAUGAUGAGCCAUCUUCUGCGUCUUCCUCUGAUAGCGAAGAUUACGGCGAGCUUAGCCUCGUUCGGGGGAUGCAGAGUCUCAGCUUGAAGCCUCUCGAGUCGCACGACAAUCGGACUGUACCGGAUAGCCAGUGGAGAUUUCACGGCAAGAGUAGUUCUUUUAAACUCAUCAACACGGCCCGAAAGCUUCAAAAUGAGGCUUCGAAAGUGGCUGGAGAGUCGACCCAUGAUGAUAAUCCCCAUCAAAUAGGUGCUCACCGUAGACCAUAUUUCUGGAACUCGCCCCAAUAUGAGGCUACUCUCUCCUUGUCUGAUUCUGCGACGAGAGACCUUCUCAGAAGGAGAUUUCCGCCUCCGGAACUUGCGCGAAGUCUCAGCGAUUAUUAUUUCAAUAUGAUGAACGCGCAUUUCCCACUUCUCCAUCGGCCGACUUUCGACAAACAAUUGGAAAACGGUCUGCAUGAACGCGACAUAUGGUUUGGCUGCCUGUGCAUGUCUGUUUUUGGAGUCGGAGCCCGAUGGAGCAAGGAUCUGGGCGUUCUAUGGGAUGACGACAAGGGACUGAGCGAAGCGCCUGAUCCGACAUCACCACUUUGGGGUUCUGCAGGGUGGAAGUAUAUACACGUUGCACUUGAGAUUCACCGUACUCAUUCUGAAGUGAUCUUGCCGGCUUGUCUAUUCGAAAUUCAAUCUUAUCAUCUUCUUGGAUUAUUUCUUCGCAGUUCAUCAUUCUACAGUGAUGCUUGGAAGAUUGUCAGCCUUGGCCUCCGGAAGGCACAGGAUGUUGGCGCACAUCGAAAGAAAGUCUAUGGUCGAACGAGAACCAUUGAGGAUGAACUGUGGAAGCGGGCGUAUUGGAAUUUGGUUACUUUUGAUCACAUUGGAAGUAUGAUCAAUGGUCGAUCGUGCGCAUCAAGAGACGAAGAUUCCGAUCUAGAGAUGCCGCUGCAAGUUGACGAUGAAUACUGGGAAAACGAGGACCCUGCUUUGGCAUUUCGGCAGCCCCCCGAUAAGCCUUGUAUUACCGCCUUCUUCAACUGUUGGAUAAAGUUGACUCAGAUCGCCGCUUUCGCCUUGCGUACACUUUAUGCACUUGGGAAAUCCAAAGCACCUCUUGGUCUUGUGGGAAACCGAUGGCGAGAGGAUACGCUCACCAGGUUGAACGAGGCGCUGACUACAUGGGUGGAUGAACUUCCAAACCAUUUGAGAUGGUCUCCGAACAUGGAUCACCCUCUCUUCGCAAGCCAAGCUACUACACUAGUCACAACAUACUACAUGGUCACAAUUGUAGUUCACCGUCCAUUCAUUCCCAUGCCUUUGGCGACUCAUGAUCUAGCGGCAUUCCAGUCGCAGCAGAGACAUAACCUCGUCGACCGACCUGAUUUUCCAUGGACUUGCCUCUCAAUAUGCACCAAUGCCGCAAAAGCAACAGCCGCUAUAUGGGAGACCAAUACUAAACUCCGUCGGAUGAUUAACAUGACUAGUCUGGCCAACUCAUGUUACAUUUCCGCCGGUGUCCUCCUCGUUCACAUCUGGCUAGUUAGAGCUAUACAAAAGGCGGAGGGUCCUCGUAUGUCCGAUGAACGAAGGCAGGUAUUCACCAGCCGGAUGAACGAUUUGAUGGAUAACCUCUCCAAGCUCAUGGCGCGACUUGAGGAGAUCUCGUCGAGCUUCGAGAUUGCUCGUCAAUGGCUGAAGGAAAUUAAGGACUCACUGCCUCCGGAAGAUGCUUCUCCACAUGAUGCUUCCUUCUCGCACCAAGCAGAUCUUCAUACGUCAGAUGGUCAGGAUAGGACUUCUCACAUGGAUACUCAAUACGACUUCGCAAGGCCGGAUACCUUCGACGAUUCGAUUUUCUCACUGAACAUUCCACCAUCUUCCAUGUCCGCCCCCUACGCAAAUCCCGAAGAGGAGGUCGCGUAUGCGGUUUCUGAUACUAAUUCACUGGUGGCUUCUGCUCCGAUACCGUCUGAUACCAGUUCUUCUCUCGCGAACGCACUCUAUCCAUUCAAUCCUGCGCAGUCAUGGGAAUCGUCGAGGCCUGCUUCUAGUCAAGCUCAACGAUUCUCUCAAUCUUAUCAGCCGACUUCUCGCGCCAUCAUACGCCGAGCUUCGUUGGCCCCUACUGGUGCAAUACAUCCCGAGGGUAUCUCACCAUUACGCCAUUACCGAUCGUCUUCAGACCUUGGGUCUUUCUCGGAGAGUCGUCGUCCGUAUACUGCCGAUUCGACGCUCGUAAUGGAUCAGCAAAGUUCGACACCUCACUUUGGUAACAUGCCGCAACCUCCCUAUAUACUAUACCAACAAAUUCGACAGUCAGAGGAGGCCCUCGCGCCUUCCGCAUUUCCAUUGAAACGCGAGCGUAGCGACUCUGGACAUCUCAGGGAGAUAUUUAGUCAGACGCCAAUGGUCAGUCCUGCAAUGGCUCGCACACGACUUCCAACAUCUCCGAUGCUUCACACGUCCCGAAGCCAGGGGAACCUUCAGCAAGCAUGGGGUGGUGGAAGCCUUUCACAAAACAUGAGAGUCUAUCGAGGAGAGCGAUCUUGGCGGGAAUACGCGUCCCACGUAGACAAGCCCCGUCGAAACUCCUCCUUUAGUCCUCACACUGUCGCCCGUGUGGGUCCAAGUGGCCUCAGUGGCGUUGUCACGUCCCCUGAAGAACUGCUGACUGUGGGAUACGGGACCCUGUACACCGCCGUUGAGAAUAAGGAGGCGCAAAACCUUGGUUACCGAGGUGCACCGUCUUACUAACAGACUUCUUGUACACGAAAUGUCAUGCACGUCCAUCCUUGACCGGAACCGGCCACAUUAAGCCCUGGAUUCAAAUUUGGUCCAACUUUCAUUCCCAAUCGUGUUAGGAAAGUUGUUUAUUCUACGUUUUGUUCUGUCCUGAUCACAUAUGUUCAUCUACACCCUGGUGGCAGUCUCUUUUCUUCUAUGUCGUCACAUAACACGGUUGCCUCAUUGUAUGCUUUCUUACAAGAACUGUCUGGAAUCUCGCUGUGUUAUACUUGUAUCAAUAUAUAUAUCUCCAUCUCAAAACUGACGUACAGUAUAUCCCUAUUAAUAGUCUCGUCUUGCAAAUAGCUAUCAUCACCGCUACCAUACAUAGAGAAUCAAUCGCAGGUGCUAUAAGU